AUGGAUUUCGCCACGGUGGAGCUGGACGAGGUCUACGCGGUGGAGCAGGUGGAGGAGCCGCAGCCGGAGCCGAAGUGGGAGGCGCCCGAGACCAAGAUGGAGUGCUGGGACGCGCCGCGCUGGGAGGACACCGAGGUGGAGCUGCCACAGCGCACCGCGGACGUGCGCCCAGGCCACCUUUGGUCCAACGAGCAGGGCGAGCAGGUCAGCGCGGCCCUGCGAGGCAGCUCCUCGCAGAGCCGGGAGCAGUCGGAGGAGCUCCGGGCCCUCCUGGACCUUCAGCACCGCGAGGUGAUGCACCGCCUGGACCGGCAGGAGGAGAUGCUGAGGCAGCUCGUGCCCUGGAGGCCCUUUGCACGGAGGCCUGCGAAAGACGAGCAGGUCGCGACCAAGGACCUCUCCCCCCAGCUCCGCGGCGGCUCCUUCGGCUCCACUGCCCCGCUGCACGCCUCCAGCGACCUCGAGCGCUUCGUGGCGCCCAGCUCCCACGUGCCGGGGCACAAAAUCUUCGCCUGCGUCAGGGCGGUGAGCUUGCUGCUGACCUUGCUGAUAGGGGGCGUGUGGGUGGUGCCUGCGGUCCUCGGGAGCAUGAUUCUGGACCCGCAGCGGAAGCAGCGGAAGUGGGUGGACCUCAUCAUCUGCGCGUGGUCUACGGUGACCGUGUGGCCCUACUUCAAGGUCAAGGUGCUGGGAGGCGAGCACCUGCCGAAGGAUGGCAAGGCGUGCAUCUACGUGGCGAACCACCAGAGUUUCAUGGACAUCCUCUCCUCCUACCACAUCUUUCGGUCCUUCAAGUUCGUCUCGAAAUCGUCGAUCCUGAAGAUCCCGCUGGUGGGAUGGGUGAUGAAGCGGGCGAAGACGGUGACCAUCCAGCGCGAGGACCGGCGCUCGCAGGUCGCGGCCUUCCGCGCCUGCGUGGAUGCUUUGAAGAAGGGCACCUCCAUCUUCAUCUUCCCUGAGGGCACCCGGAGCAUGGACGGGAAGCUCUUGGAGUUCAAGCGGGGGCCCAUCUCCAUGGCGAAGAAGGCGGGUGUGCCGGUGCAGCCGAUCACGAUUCGGGGCACCGGAAGGCUGAUGCCCAGCAAGAAGGAGUACUUGCUUUACUGCAACCGCGCUGGGGUGGAGAUCGUGGUCCACCCCCAGAUCUCGGCGGAGGAAGUGAAGGACACCGGGGACGAGGAGCUGCUGGGCCGGGUGAAGCGGACCAUCGAGGCCGCGCUGCCGCCGCAGCUGCAGUCCACCGGGGCCUGA